CGCGUCCAGUGGCUGCUGUCUACCCUUUGUCUCUCUCCUCUGCAACGACUAUGCGUCAUGCCGCCAUGGGCACGCUACAAUGAGAUUUACAUCUCACAAACCCAGCCGAUUCAUGUCGCGCUCUUAUUAUAAAGCUUUUCAGAGCAGGGGACUCAGGCAUAACCAACACAAAGGCUUCCGCCGAUCGAUGAAUGCCAUGGUUAUGCCCGUCUUGCGGAAGCAAAAGGAGGACGGCAGUGGUAGGCAUAAUCAAGUCCAGGUGCGCAAAUAUUUGCUCAUCUCGUGUCGCAGAGGAAGAAGUGUCAGAAGAAGAGCUUUAUUCGUAUAGUCGGUACCGGUGGCUGUAUAGCAUCGACAAUUCUCGUACCGCCAAAUGUUGAGUUAAUGAUCCCUAGAUGCAACGACAGUGAAAAUCUUGCGACACGGUAUCGCAAGUUCGAUAUGCCGGCUCUCAUAGAUGCAGCUGUCCACGCUGCUGGUAAUGGUGCUAAAGCCUGUGUGAAGCUACUCAAAUGCACCGAAGCGAAAGUCCCCAAUCCUAACGCUGGUCCGGCUUUCUAUACAACUGCCUCCGAGGUUGCUACACGACAGUUCCUACGUACGGUCUUAAAACUGCCUGUCCCGCGCAUUCAUGCAUUUUCUUCAACCCCAGAUAAUCCAGUUGGUGCCGAGUACAUCAUCGAGGAGAAGGCCAAAGGCAAACCGUUAGGUAAUCUCUGGCGUCACUGGGACACAGAAUCACAAAUCAGUCUUGUAACUCAGCUCGUUAAUUUUGAGACGAAGUUAGCAUCGGUUACUUUUCGAAGACACGGGUGCAUCUACUACAAAAAAGAUCUGGAAAUGAAAGGUCUUCCUGCUUAUGAUUUGGAGGCCGAGUCUCUCUGUACUGAUGAUCUCACGCAGCUCAACCUCAUCCCCACGAAGGAACUUGCAAUUGGGCCUUUGACCGAAGCAAGAUUGUGGGAAGGUGAAAGAUCUACGAUGCAAUUAGACCGAGGUCCAUGGAGCACUCCUCUGUCCUAUAUGGCAUCCAUGGGAAUCAACGAAAUAAAGUGGGCGACUGAAAACGCAAAGCCCCAAAUAAAUCCAUAUCGAUCUAUUGAAACACCAGAAUCUCCCAAUGACUACAUUUCACUAUUAAAAGACUACCUUCAACUCGCACCAUAUCUAUCGCCUGGUCCAUUCCGAACAUCAAUCUCCCAUCCAGAUCUUCACCUCGAUAACAUAUUCGUUGAUCCAGAUACAAAGAAGAUUACCUGUAUCAUUGAUUGGCAGUCUGCUUCGGUUUCUGAGCCGUUUUUCCAGGACAGUAUCCCACGCAUGCUUAUCCCAGUCGACCAGUGUUCUCCCAGUGACCGACUGGAUCCCGUCUCAUACUCUGACGUAGGAGACCCAAACGAGAUUCCAAGCCUACUGAGCCAUUAUCGCAAUAUGAGCAGGGCUAAGAAUGAUCAACAUUGGGCUGCUAUGAAUCUGCACAAUCGCUCACUUCUGACCGAACCUACAUCUUUGAUCUGUGGUGCUUGGAGUAGAAACGACAUGUUCUCUCUUCGCCACGCGUUGAUACAUGUCAUUGCUCGAUGGAAAGAAAUCGCACCAACGACUCUGCCUUGUCCGGUAACAUUUGCCGAGCACGAACUAGAGCUUCACAAUAGUGAGUUGGAGCUUCAUGAAGGCCUUGGAGAAGUGUUGCACCAACUCCAGAACGAUAAUCUGAUCCCGUUAGGUGGAAUGGUUCUUCGAGAGAAGUACGAGCAGGCCUCCCUCAUCAACCAGAGCAUCAAGAAAAUGUUCGUUGAGAUGGCGGAAACCAAGUCACAGAAAGCUCUUUAUUCACGCAUAUGGCCUUAUCAAGACCAAGAAACGAAAAUGUCAAAGCCCUGAAACCACCAUAUAACUCACUUUACAAAGUCUGUUCAGUGUUCCAGCAGCCUUGCGACGGCAAUGCACAUGGGCGGUGACGGAAAAGUACACAUCGAUCUUGAUCCACAGUAUAACACCGGCAGUUGUUGCCCUACAUUCAUCCGUUCUUCCACAAAUAACAAGGACCAUCCUCAAAAAUGCCUGCACUAUUCUCAUACUUCUCGUGGAUGUGGAAGUGGCAUGGUGGAACUCCGUCUUUACCAACAAGGUGGUUACUACCGUCGCACUCGACACAUCGAGGAUCGCCUUGGCCUGAUCAAGAUUAGCAGAGAACAUUCAAAAAGAUUGGAAGAAUAUACAGUGACGAAUGCGUGGGUCUUGUCUUUGCUUGUAAAGCCGAACUGCCUCCAGGAAAUCAACCAUCAAAUCGUCAUUGCUGUUGAUCAAAGAUGGAAUAAAUCCGUCUUGGACAUAGUAUGGGUCAUGCAGGAGAUAGACCAUGGAGACAGCACAGAACUUUCUCAGCUUGGACUCAGAGCGACUGUGGUCGUAGAUUGCCUGAAUCAAAGGACCCUCUGGAAGCUUUCCGACAAUGUAGAACCCAUUCUGAAUGUUGUCCAUGACCUUGUUUCUGAUCUCGUGGUUGACAUCCUAUUCGUAAAAGGUUAAGUCAGUGCUGUGACUUCCAAAUCAACGGCAAGUUUCAUUACAGUACAUACAAACUUGUCAAGAAGGGCAUAGAACUGAACCAGUCGGCGGAGCUCGACACCUCUUUCACCCUCAGUGGAGAACACGGAUACCAUCGGGAGCUCGUCGGAAUAUGCGUAAUCAAUCAAGACUACAGAAACUCUAGGAUCAGUUCUCCCAAACUAAGCAAUUCUUGAUAUGACACAGCGUAAUCUGGCGUGGAAAUGCAUGGAUUCUCAAUUCAACGUUGGAAGGGGGCCUCAGUUAACCUACGCUUGAUGACCUCUGGGUCUUCUUCCGGCAUCCUGACAUUGGAGCCAUUUGGCGACUCUUCACACAUCUUCACGAACAUACCACCGACAUCACGCAAGAUGUUCUUGUGAACAGCGAAUGGCUCGGUUGCUGGAUCCUUGCCAACAACCAAGGUGACAAUCUCGUAGCCAAGGCGACGGCUGAUGGAGAUCUUUGGCUGCUCGUAUGCCACAACCAUCAGGUUGUUGUUGCUGCUGCUGGCAUGCUGAGAGCUGGGAGAUGGAGUAGUUGGAGUGACUGGUGUAACGAGCGUGUCGUUGCCAUGUUGGCGUUGGCGCUGGUGAGGGAGCUGGAGUACGCGUCAGUUUGAGUAUGAGCACGCAGUAUGUAAGGCGUUGAAUAUCCUCAAAGAUCAGUCAGGAAGUGAAAGACACCACUUACAACCAUUAUGGCGAUCUGCUUCCCUGUCUGUUGAGCGGGAUUGGAAGCCUGUUCCUUGUGGUGACAGUGAUCAACAAGGGUCCUGUGUUGACGCGCAGGUGGCGGAGAAGUUGUGAAGCGAGCACCUGCAAGACUUCAGCCUGUACUCAUACCGCCAGAGCAAGGCAUCGCAGAACAGGGUUCCAUUUCCGUCUGGAGGUCAACACGAGUUCAAUUCGCACGUCUUCCCCCCAACAAGCAGAAGAUCUGGCACAUCGCAUCGUGGGUUUCCAAUCACCAUGACGAUAACCGACGACCUUCAAGAG